AGCACGUUGCGUGAAUUACACUUGCAAAAAAUCCACCUGACUUGCCAUGAAAUGGAGCAGCUCUGUGACGGCCUGCGAUCUAUCCACUCUCUGGAAAUGCUCGAUCUUUCGACCAAUCUCAUUGGUGAUGAAGGAUCCACAUAUAUCAGUGAAUAUCUCCUAACAAAGCCACCUUUGAAGGCUCUCAACCUCAGCCACAAUCGAAUUGGAAAUAAAGGAGCAGAUUCUCUAGCAAGAUGCCUAGUAUACUCAGAUCUCAAGUAUCUUGAUGUAUCAUUCAAUCAAAUAAAGGAUAGUGCGAUUCAAUUCCUUCUCUACAAUAUCCCAAAGCAAGCCAGUAAAAGACUACUAUUGUUCUUUUUAAGAGGCAAUGAGAUCAAGGAUCAAGAAACACUGUCUGUUCUUCAAAUCCUUAUUGAUGCAAAGAUUAUUAAUUCUGAAACUUGUGACUUGACGGUCUAUAAAGCUUAUGGAGAUGAGCAUUUAAGUUUGGCACAUAAUCAAAUGGUGGAUAUAUUCAGAGAAGAAUACUAUUCUGUAUCAAAAGAAACAGACAACUUCAAACAGCAAUCCAUCAGAGAAAAGAAUACCAGAAAGCACAUCCAUUUCGUCUCAUCCUGGCCAAUGCCCCUCUCAAUAGUGCCAGAGUUUGGAACUCCAUUCAUAGAUUAGAAAUUUCUUCAAAUAAUUAUUCAUUUUUUUUAGUGAUUGAGAAUGUACAACUCAUUACCUUUUUCUAUUGAAUAUAGGACAAUCCUAUAUGCUUAUUGUAAUUUCAAUGUCAUUGAUUAAAAAGAACGUCAACAGCGGUCCUCUCGAAUCCAGAGAAAGGUCUUGGGAAAAUUAAAUUUCCUCCUGAUACUUCUAUACCAAGGAUGUAUUUUUCAUAUACGAAAUUUUUAUAGUAUAAUAAUAAAAAUCUGAAUUUGAUAUUGACUCA